ACUGUGACAGGCUUUCAUGAAAGUUUAAUUGCGUUGUGGCAGUGGAAGCUGGUAGAGGGGAUUCGGGUGCCUGAAGAAGAGCCGCUCCCUGAGCAGCCCCAGUGCCCACAUCCCUUCGCAUCACCCUGAGCACGAUGGGUGACCAGGAAGCUGAGCACACUGUGCCACAGACAGAGAUUCAGGUGAUCGCCAGCAAAAUUUCAGAUCUAAACAAAUGGAGAAAUGUUUUCAGUUUCCAUAGUUUGGAAAUCAGCAAUUCAACUUAUCAGCAAGACGAUGGCAACACUGGCAAUGGAGUACCUGGAGCCAGAGAGCCCUUAGGCCUGCAGCUGCCGGUGCCUCUGCCCCGUUCCGCCAUCCCUGAGCCCCUACUGACCUCUCCAGAUGCAGGCGGCCAGCCCAUCUCCUUGGAAAUGGCAAUGGAGCUGCGGAAGCUGCUAUUUGGAAAUGUGCUCCAGCUCUUCAGCUGUGAAUGGGCAAAAGCAUGUUUCAGGUUUCGUGAGCCAUACUCUGACCUGGCCUAUGCUUUGGAGACAGAAAAGGGGGGAGCAAGAGCCAUUCUGAUGGCUGUACAAGCAUACAUCAUCAAAUACCUGCUCUUCAUAAGAACCACAGAAUACACUCACCUGGAAAGGCUGUGUAGGGUAAGCCGGCAGGAGCAAGGGGAGGCGCUGGCAGCUGCCCUGGCAGACACCCUGUGGGCAGCAGGAGGAGGUGGGAGAGCCGUGAUCUGCCUCGUCACUGCAGCCAUCCAUGUGGUGCCCAGCAGCGACUACAAAGCCGACAACUUCACAGAAAGAAUCCAUCUGUUUGAGUUCUCUGAGAAAGCAGCAGCUCAGGAGUUUAUCCUUGGCCAUAUAAACUGUUUCAAAGACGAACAAAGUCAUGGAGUGAUCCUUUUUUUAUACAGUUUACUUUUCUCGAGGACACUUGAAAGGGUCCGAGAAGACUUAGACGGCACAGCAACUCCUCUGUUGAAAUGCAGUUUUGGAAACAUUACCUGUACACAGGUAAGAUUAGCCUCAUUUCUCCACUUUUUUUUUUUAUUUUUUAAUUUUAUUAUUCCUACAUUUGAUUUAGGAAAAAAUUCUCACUUGUUAAUCCAAGGGGGGAUAAAGGCGAGUGCCGUGCUCAGCCUCCUCCUAACAGGACGAGCAAACCCGCAUGAGCUUGAUGGCAGCCAGGAGCUGGGGCCCAGAGGGGAGGGCAUCGAGGCAUGGCAGCAGCGGGGCCCGGUGGGCUACCUGCACUGGAGCAGGGCACAGGCAGAGCGGCAGGUGUGCCCCAGGCUGAGAACACCCCGUCUGCCCAUCUGGCUGUGCAGCAUCACUGGGAGGCACAGCAUUCUCUUUGGCACUGACAGCCAAAUCCUCUCUGACUGGAAAAGGGAGAAAGUCUUCCACCUGUACUUCUACAAUGGGCAGCUGGAGCAGACAAAAACAGCCCACCUAACUAUAGCAUUUAAAAUACUCAUUCGCAUCACUGGGAAGAGGACCAAAGUGAAGACCCAAGCAGCCCAGGGAAGAGCCGUCUGUCCGUGGAGAUGGCAAUCAGGACCAAGUGGGCAGACGCAACUCUGUGACAUCUGUAAGCAGUCUCUCUCCUGCUUCAGCGACAGCUCAAGCAUGGUCCCUGGCCAGGCUGGCUCACGGAGCUACCCUGCAUCCCGCACACCAACAAGAAAGCACAGCUCGUACAUGGGAACCCAGGCAAAAGAGCCUUAUGAGUGCAAGGCUAAAUUUAAGCUGCUGAUUUCCUUCAAUGAGAACUAA